AGGAUCUUCAUAAUCGGUUCAUGUGCGGUGCAGCAGAUCAAGCCCAUCUGUUGCUUUAAAUAUUGAACAAAGCCGAAACCCUAAAAUCCCCUAGCCUCUGCAACUUUCUCUGUGAGUUUCUUGCUUUGCUACCGGCGAGAGAAAUCACAUCAGUUCGCAAUGGCGGUCUCAUUGAGCGAUGUCAAGUCGGCAGCCGGUCUAAAAAAGCUCGACGAGUACCUGCUCACUUGUAGUUACAUUUCUGGGUAUCAAGCUUCAAAAGAUGAUAUCGCUGUUUUCGAAGCUAUCUCCAAACCCGUUUCCAGCGAGUAUGUCAACGUAUCUAGGUGGAGCAAGCAUAUCGAAGCACUCUUGAGAGCCUCUGCUGUUUUUGGAGAGGGUUCUGGCGUUAAGUUUGAGGCAGAAGCAAUCGCAACCCCACCAGCUGCCGAUGCUAAGCCUAGCGCCGACGACGACGACGACGAUGAUAUGGAUCUGUUUGGCGAAGAGACUGAAGAGGAAAAGAAGGCUGCUGAGGAGCGUGCAGCUGCCAUCAAGGCUUCUGCGAAGAAGAAAGAGAGUGGAAAAUCAUCAGUUCUGAUGGAUAUCAAGCCUUGGGAUGAUGAAACUGACAUGAAGAAACUUGAAGAGGCUGUAAGAAGCGUUCAGAUGGAAGGAUUGCUUUGGGGAGCAUCCAAACUUGUCCCUGUUGGAUAUGGUAUUAAGAAACUGCAGAUAAUGCUCACAAUUGUUGACGACCUUGUGUCUGUUGACAAUCUCAUUGAGGAACAUUUGACCGUCGAACCCAUAAAUGAGCAUGUCCAGAGUUGCGAUAUUGUUGCCUUCAACAAAAUCUAAGAUUGAGCUCUUUUGUGAAGUCCAAGAGCUGGUCAUUCCAAAGACGAGGCUGAGUCUACCCAUGAAUAAGUUUUUGUUCAGGACUGUAUGUCUAUUUCUUGUUUUUACUUUUCAAACUUGAUUUGGUUCCAUUUGCUAUGAAGUCAUUUAUUUUUGAUAUUGUGGUCAUUUUGUCUUUAUGAGCUCUGGUGAUACACUUAGGUUAUGAACUUAUUGAUUAUUUGAGGUAGUGAGAAUGAAAGAUGGUCAAAUAGAAUGGCCUAAUGAUCUCCAUGUCA